AGAAAACAGGAAAACCGCUUCGUGUGAGGGAAGCCGCUUAACUUGUUGCUUUGACUGUUCACAACAAAAGCCAUCCCCCAAAAGGAGCGUCUCUUCACUAUCUCUCCCUCCCUAUAUAUACACACACCCCUUCCCACGUCCCUGCCCUUCAUCAUCAUACAUACAUAUAUACACAUACAUACAUAUACAGAGAUGGGGAAGAUGGGUCCGAGACCCGACCCGGUUGGUCCGAGCCCGAAUGCGAAGGAGAUCCGUUACAGGGGCGUCAGGAAGCGUCCUUGGGGUCGGUACGCCGCCGAGAUCCGGGACCCCGGGAAGAAGACACGUGUGUGGUUAGGCACCUUUGACACGGCCGAGGAGGCGGCGCGUGCCUACGACACGGCGGCGCGUGAGUUUCGUGGCGCCAAAGCCAAGACCAAUUUCCCCUCCCUCCACCUCAACGACAAACCCAUCGUCCGCAGCCCUAGCCAGAGCAGCACGCUCGACUGCGCGUCUCCUCCUUCGGCGUCGCCGGAGCUAGAGCUCAGCCGCGGUGGCGCGUGUUAUCAGAUCCCGAUGGCGCGUCCGGUGUCUUUCUUGGAGCUGAUGGGGAUGGCCCGAGCUGGGGCGGCCGCGCACGGGGCCCAGAGCGAGUCGGACUCGUCGUCGGUCGUCGAUUUCGAGGGAGGGUCGGAGAAGAGAUCUCCACCGUUAGAUCUAGAUCUGAACUUGCCUCCUCCGGUGGAACACGCCUGAGCAUUUUUUUUUAGAUGGGAGAAAUUAAAUUUUCCGUUAAAAAAUUAAUAUUACCGUUUAUUAGAAAAAUCAAGAGGGGGAACCAUAAUUUGAGCUGACGUGUACAUAUUCUUGUUUUACAUAGUCGCCGGUAUGAACUAAUUCUGUGUUAGUUUUUUUGCAACUGUGAAACCUCCUUGGUUUCUCAGUUGUUGUUCUUUUCGUUUCCAAUUAUGAAAAUAAAAGUAAUAAUUUUCGCUUUU